ACUCAACACCUCUCUCCUCACGUCGCAGUGAAAUGAGGGGAGCAUGGGGGCCAAAGAGUCGAGGAUAGGGUUCCUGUCGUAUGACGAGGCCGUCAAGAGAGUCACUGAUGUGGAAUUGAAACGGCUGAAGGAUGCCUUCAAGAGAACCAGCGGCCUCUCCUAUUACAUGACUCAACAGUGCUUCUACAGGGAAGUGCUGGGAGAUGGAGUUCCCCCUAAAGUUGCAGAGGUUAUUUACACCUCGUUUGGAGGCUCAUCUAAAGGACUACACUUCAACAAUGUGAUCGUGGGCCUGGUGCUUCUGACCAGAGGACGCGAUGAGGAGAAGGCCAAAUACCUCUUCAGCUUGUUUGCCAGUGAUCUGGGCGGAUACGCUGCCAGAGAAGAUAUAGAGGCAGUUCUCCAGGUCCUGGAUGGAGAAAUUCCCACCUCCCUCAAGAAAUGCUUCAGCGAGGGGGACAAGGUGAACUACGAGCGCUUCAGGAGCUGGUUGCUGCAGAACAAGGAGGCCUUCACUUUGUCCCGAUGGCUUCUCUCUGGAGGAGUGUGUGUCACACUCACCGAUGACAGCGACACACCCACCUUCUACCAGACCCUGGCCGGCGUCACACACCUGGAGGAGACGGACAUUAUAGACUUGGAGAAGCGCUACUGGCUGCUGAAAGCGCAGUCAAGAACUGGCCGCUUUGACUUGGAAACCUUUGUCCCACUGGUCUCUCCACCUAUCCAUGCCUGUCUGAGUGAAGGCCUGUUUCACGCCUUUGAUGAGAAUCGGGACAAUCACAUCGACUUUAAAGAGAUCUCUUGUGGACUCUCAGCAUGCUGCAGGGGGCCCGUUGCUGAGAGGCAGAAAUUUUGCUUCAAAGUGUUCGAUGUGGAUCGUGAUGGUGUUCUGUCUCGAGAUGAACUCCAUGAAAUGGUGGUGGCCUUGCUGGAGGUGUGGAAGGACAACCGCACAGACACACUCCCUGAGCUGCACAGUAGCGUGUCAGACAUCGUUGAGGGUAUCCUGAAGAUGCAUGACACAACCAAGCUGGGUCACUUGACUCUGGAGGACUACCAGAUAUGGAGCGUAAAGAGCGCAUUGGCCAAUGAGUUUUUAAACCUUCUUUUCCAGGUUUGCCACAUAGUCCUGGGGCUCAGACCUGCCACUCCUGAAGAGGAGGGACAAAUUAUCAGAGGCUGGUUAGAGAGGGAGAGCAGACAUGGGCUGCAGCAAGGCCAGAACUGGUUCCUCAUCUCCAUGGUGUGGUGGCAGCAAUGGAAGGACUAUGUCAAAUACGGCAGUCCCUGCUGUUGUCUUCCUGUCCAGGAGCAUAAGGGCAUCGUGGUGGAGCAGCCAUCCAUCCUGAGCUCACUCAGAAGUCCGAUGGCCACGGCCACCAUAGAGCCCGCCCCUCCGGAUAGACUGGGAGGACUGGGAAACUUCAGCGCUGUCAGCCCCACUGAGGAGAGGUCACCUGAUGCUGUGUCCAGUGCCUCAGAAGCCACAGAGACUGCAGCCCUGAGCCCUUAUGUAGCUCCGUCUGCUACAGAGAGCUGUUUUGCCCGUCAGCACAACGUAUCAGACAACAACAAUCAGUGUUUUUCUGGAGCCAAUGGACACCUCCCCUCCCAGGUGGCAGCACAAAGACCUGGAGCUAUCGACAACCAGUCUCUGGUCACCACCGACCCAAUGAAGGCCCCCACGUUAACCAUGGAGGGUGGCAGGCUGAAGCGCUCCCGGCAGCUGGUGCCUGAUGGAGACUUUGAGACGGUGCCAGAGCCGGUGUGGCGGGCGCUCUACCACUGGUACGGUGCCAACCUCAGUCUGCCGCGUCCGGUUAUCCUGGAGAGCAAGACGGGCCACGCAGAGCUGGAGCUCUUUCCCCGCUACAUCCUCUUCCUCCGCCAGCAACCAGCAACGCGCUCCCCACAGUCCAACAUCUGGGUCAAUAUGGGUAUGACCAGCCUGCGAAUGUUCCCUCCACAUAUAAACCCCCCAAGAGCAGGUAAUGUUCCAUCCCCCAAUGCUCCUCUCAAGAGGCUGCUGGCCUACACGGGCUGCUUCAGCCGUAUGGCCACCAUCAAGGACAUCCACUUCUACCUGUCCCAGAGACUCCGCAUCAAGGAGGAGGACAUGAGACUCUGGCUCUACAACAGUGAGAACUAUCUCACCCUCCUGGAUGAUGAAGAUCACACACUAGAGAGUCUGAAGAUCCAUGACGAGCAGCAGCUAGUUAUAGAAGUCAGGAACAAAGAUAUGAGCUGGCCUGAGGAGAUGUCUUUCAUUGCCAACAGUAGUAAGAUGGACAGACACAAAGUUCCCACAGAGAAAGGAGCCACUGGUCUCAGUAACCUUGGCAACACCUGCUUCAUGAACUCCAGUAUCCAGUGUGUGAGCAACACCAAGCCACUCUCAGACUACUUCAUCUCAGGGAGACAUCUCUAUGAGCUCAAUAGAACCAAUCCCAUUGGGAUGCGAGGUCACAUGGCCAAGUGUUACGGCGACCUGGUGAUGGAGCUGUGGAGCGGCACACAGAAGAAUGUGGCUCCCCUCAAACUCAGAUGGACGAUAGCAAAGUAUGCCCCACGGUUCAAUGGCUUCCAGCAGCAGGAUUCCCAGGAGCUGCUAGCGUUCCUGCUGGAUGGUCUACAUGAAGAUCUAAACCGAGUCCAUGAGAAACCUUAUGUGGAGCUGAAGGACAGUGAUGGCCGUCCUGACUGGGAGGUGGCCUCUGAGGCAUGGGAGAACCACCUGCGCAGGAACCGUUCCAUCGUGGUGGAUCUGUUCCACGGUCAGCUCAAGUCUCAGGUGAAAUGUAAGACCUGUGGCCACAUUAGCGCACGCUUUGACCCUUUCAACUUCCUGUCACUACCCCUGCCCAUGGACAGCUCAAUGCAUCUGGAGAUCACAGUUAUUAAACUGGACGGCUCCACACCUGUGCGCUAUGGCCUGAGGUUGAAUAUGGAUGAAAAGUACACAGGACUGAAGAAACUGCUGAGUGAACUUUGCAGUCUGAAGCCGGAGCAGAUCCUUCUGGCUGAGGUCCACACCUCCAACAUCAAGAACUUCCCUCAGGACAACCAGAAGGUGCGUCUGUCAGUAAACGGCUUCCUGUGUGCGUUUGAGAUCCCAGUGCCAGGUUCACCAACGUCCCUGAGCUCGCCCACACUGACAGACAUCACCCCAGUGGCCAAUGGCUCAGCUGCUAAUGGGCACCUUGGCAAUAAGUCUGUCCUCAUCCCUAACGGUGGGCCCAGCACUUUGGUGCCCUGCAGCCCUGACGCGCCCCUCACCUGUGGAGUCACAAACGGACACAUCACACCGUUGCAGGAAAGCCCGUUCAUUGGAUACAUCAUCGCCAUGCACAGGAAGAUGAUGCGCACGGAGCUGUACUUCCUGUCAUCUCAAAAGAAUCGGCCCAGUUUGUUUGGCAUGCCCCUCAUAGUUCCCUGCACUGUCCACACCAGUAAGAAAGACCUGUAUGACGCCGUCUGGAUCCAAGUCUCCCGUCUGGCCAGCCCACUCCCGCCACAGGAAGCUAGUAACCAUGCCCAGGACUGUGAUGACAGUAUGGGCUACCAGUACCCCUUCACUUUGCGGGUCGUGGGUAAGGAUGGUAACUCGUGUGCCUGGUGUCCCUGGUACAGGUUCUGUCGAGGCUGUACAAUAGACUGCACAGAGGACAGAGCCUGUGUUGGGAAUGCUUAUAUAGCCGUGGACUGGGACCCCACUGCCCUGCACCUCCGCUACCAGACCUCCCAGGAGAGGAUCGUGGAGGAGCACUGCAGUGUGGCGCAGUCCCGUCGGGCCCAGGCUGAGCCCAUCAGUUUGGACAGCUGUCUGAAGGCCUUCACCAGUGAAGAGGAGCUGGGAGAGGACGAACUCUAUUACUGUUCCAAGUGCAAGACCCAUCGGCUAGCCACGAAAAAACUGGACCUCUGGAGGCUGCCACCCAUUCUGAUUGUCCACUUGAAGCGCUUCCAGUUUGUUAAUGGUCGCUGGAUCAAGUCCCAGAAGAUUGUCAAGUUCCCGCGGGGGAACUUUGACCCCAGCGCCUUCCUGGCUCCAAGAGACCUGGAGCAGCACUCCCUCCACUCACGUAGUGAGAGUGAGGAUCUACUGAGGGUCGGAGAAGACAACCUGUCCUCCAUCUCUGCUCCUGCUGGCUUCUGCAACCUCCCCAAAGCCUCCCCUGCCUCGAGCAGGAAGUCAGCUCCUUCUCUCAGCCGGACCAGCAGCCCCUCCAGUAGCCCCAAGAGCGGAGGGCGAAGGCCCGGCCGACUACGCCUGCCUCCGCUGGGCAGCAGACACCGCCUGUCUAACAGCAAGGAGAACCUGGAUGCAGUUGCAAAUCCGGAGGCUGAGCCCCGGGAGGAUGCUCCACAGGCAGACGCAGAGGGGAGUGCAGUAGCAGGGGUCAUGGGCCUUUCUGGAUCAGCAGAAACAAACGCAUCAGAGUCAGUGUUCAGUACUGAGGCAUCCAGCAGCCACUGUGAUGUGGUCUUGUUGAACGGUGAUACCAACGGGAUGAGCUCAGACUGCAGCACUGAGAGCAACAUGGAUGCCGACAACUCGCUGCUUGAGCACAGAGACAACAUGUGUCUGGACGACAUCUACAACCUCUAUGCAAUAUCAUGCCAUUCAGGAAUCAUGGGAGGAGGCCACUAUGUGACGUAUGCCAAAAACCCCAAUGAUAAGUGGUACUGCUACAACGACAGCAGUUGUAAGGAAGUGCCCUCGGAGGAAGUCGACACCGACUCAGCCUACAUCCUCUUCUACGAGCAGCAAGGUGUAAACUACUCCCAGUUCCUGCCAAAGAUCGAUGGCAAGAAGAUGGCCGACACCAGUAGCAUGGACGAAGACUUUGAGUCUGACUACAAGAAAUACUGUGUCCUCCAGUGAUGGCGCAUUGUCUUCCAUCAGCCAGCACUACACCUGCUCUCUGCUGCCCCCUGCUGCUCUUGGCAGGAAGCACCAGACAUUCUGAUCAAUCUGAAGAAUUCUCACAAACUGCUAAUGACCAGAGUCAGACAGCGCUCUCUGUCUUUAGGGAUGCGUCGCAGCACUUUCUACACUUGAUCGCAAACAUGGAUUAGUGCAACGGUUUGCCCAGACAACAUGGAAGCCCCGGUGAAAGCACUAAACUGGUGCACUUUGCUCAACUCCUGCCCCCCUUCCUUCCUCUCCUACUCCUCCUCCUCCUCCUCACGUGAAAAACAUCCGCCAUAACAUACAUGUAACAUAUACUCGCAUACUAACACAUCUCUGAAUGUAUGCCAGUAUGGCAAAGUCAUGAAGUGAUGUUGCUUUGUUAUUGUGCAUUUAUCAUUUGUGAUGUCAGAGUGGAGAAAAAAAGACAACUGGAGUUAACGUGUGAUCUGAGCCAGGAUAUCUUACCUGCAGAAGGAAAAUAGUAAGACUACGUAAUGCUUUCUAUUUGUAAAUGCACAGCCAGUGAUUGAAGACCCUUUUAAUGCCAAGUGUAAACAGAGCCCAAACCGUGUGCGUGGAUGUCACAUUUGGUGCCACAAGUCAACAUGACGAUGGAAUUUGGUGUCUGGUAAACUUUUAAAAAAGUGGUUCUAGUAGUGAUUGUGUCACAAAGGAAGACUUAAGUCAUAUGCUACCUCAUUGCUUCUUGCAGCCGCUCAGCCACUUGUACUCUAAAAGUCUGACAGUAUUAAUAAUAUAAAAUGCGUCUUUCCUGUAGGAGACAUGGUACAAACAUUUCAACCCAAUAAAUCUGCCCCCCCUUAUUGGGGUAAUCACACACACAUCCAGAUGAAAUUAGGCGCUUUUGCCAAAACUGUUCCAUCCUGCAGCUGCCAUAUAUCAGUGUUGAUUUGUGCAAUGUUGAUCUGUGUGUAUCCAUAACUUCGCUGAGAAUCUCUGAAAAGCUUGAGCAGGAAUCUUUGAUUUGCUUAGGACAGGUGCCAUGAUUUCAGAAGAGACAUGCUUAUCAUAAUCAAUACACAAUGUAUGUUUGAUAUUUCUUUUCUUUUUAUACUGCACUUUUUUUUUAUAUAUAUAGAUUUGUUGUUUUGAAAACAGGCCUCAGGAGCCCCUUCGGGUCAGGGAUGAUAUUUAUCUCAAUGCCACACUUAGAGCAGUCAGGCUCAUGUCCACAGCUCUGUCUCCACAUGUACCUUUCACCCACUGCAGGUGAGAUUCAAACCCGUCCGUGACACUAAUGUUCGCCCCCUCCCAAAUAAGAAAGGAGAAAAAGAAGUGAUCAAAAAUGUAUUCACCUUCAUUUUAACAUUGUUACUUAAAGAGUAAUUUUAAAGAUCUGCUCCACAGAUUUGGCAUAACACUCCUCUAGAACCCCUGAACUUACCUGGACAGCUUAAAAAACAGGAAUCCAAAUCUGUGCAGCAGAAUCCAAGAGGUUGUCCUUUUUUAUUCCACAAAUUCUUAGUUAUAGUCAAAAUCUGGCUUCUACAUCACCUACAGUGCAAUUAAACUUAAGUUAGCUGCUAGUAGCCUCAAACCUGAACUCUCCAGGAGACACGAGGAGCAGGCUACAGAAUCUGAAUCAAGCUCUCUUCUUUCUAAAUCCACUCCCAAGAUUUUCUAAAUCAUAUUCUUCAGCUAAAACGCUGCUCCCUUAAAUUGAAGUUAAACAUAUGCCCAACAUAUCGACCGAGUAGAAGAUGGUCCAGUAGUAGUAGCAGUAGUAGUAGUGGUAGCAGCUGUAGUGUUCCUGGUGUUGCUGAUGGCGGUAUAUCCACUUGGCUGAACCUCCAAACCCACUCACAGUGUCAUGGAGUAACCCUGUAUAUCCCUGCAGUUGGGUGAGAAGUUGACUUUGCUAAAUAUCUUUUGAAGCUUCAGUAACACUGGAUUACUAACUGGGUAGAGUAGAGUCAUUUAUCAUAAACUAACUUUAUUCCUGUUCUUGUUCAUUGAUUUAUCUGGUCCCAUGGACCCAGAAUAGAAGUUAUGUCUAUGUGAACUCAUUGGUAGGUGAUUUGGUACAGUGAGAGACAGUCAUUUAAAUUAAUCACUAGGGUCAUAUCAUUUAUCAUAUGAUUAUAAUCCCACUAGAUUUCAACAAAUACAAGAAAAACACAACACAACUCCAGGACUUGAAGUAAAGGAAACUAUAACAACAUUUCAGAUCGGCUGAUGAUUUAAGUUUUUUGUUUAUACUUAAAAACUAACCAAAGUCCGUUGAAUCUGUUGAGAGCUAAGGCAUGUGACUGGACGGUAGUUAUAUCUGUUAUCUAAUCGUUCAUCACUGGACCCAACAGUUAGAUAAUAUAUUCCUUUUUUUUUCUUUUUCUUUGUGCUGAAUCUAAAUACCCGUUCAAUGUAAAUUCUAAACUCUGUUGCUCUUCUUAUCUGGAGGUAUGAUGUGACUGUUGAGGUUAGUUUGUAAUGAACAAACGCAUGUGUUGCUGUGCAGAGUCCUGCAGCAGAGAUGAUUCUGCUGUGUGGGACUCUCAUCACUGUGAACAGGCUGCGGACAGUUUCCCACUUUGUCUUCUAGAUCACAUGAGCUGGAUCGUUGUGUUCGGCCCUUUUAGCUGCUGUAUUUAUGAGAAGGUGGUGUCAUUAUGGACGUCUGUGAGUGGAGAGAUCUCUGUCACUGUUCCCUUCCUUUGCAGAUUACGUUUAUUGAACAAAUGGAAAUGUACAUACAAGGGCUCUCCUUGAAUGAGCUCUUUUUUUCCCUCCCUCCUUUGCACCGAGCUGUAGCCCAUGUCCAGUUUCUGUCCGUGUUUGUCAUCACAUGGCUCAAGGGGAAGCAUUUAACUAAGGAUCUGUCUCUUAAGUCCCCAAUUGGAAAUGUCUGCUUCCUUUAAUGUUGCAAUGGCUGUCUACUUAUUUUACUCCCCUCUGGCCCUCAAACGACUACUUGUGUGAUGCUAUGCUAACUACCCAUGUGGCUUCAACUGUAUCAGCAAGAAUACAAUGUUUAUAGUUGAGGGUAAUUUCAGCACAACUUUUAUAAUCCCGGAACAUAGAUUUUUCGGCCCAACGGAACUGAGCUCUGAAGCUGAAACUGGACAAAGCGGAUCGUGUAAAAUGCGGGGCUCAAAUCUGAAACCCCUCCCCCCCACCAGAAGAAAGGUUCAGGGUCGCAGACAGUGCAAUCUACUACUGAGCUAUCUGUCAGUAUCUGUAGCCUCUUUUUAUUUAAGUUCAUUUCUGUUGGAUCUGAACCAGACGUGUUAAUUUAAAGAAAUUUUUUUAAGGUGUUUGUUGAAAGAAAGUGACGUUGCACUGACAUGAAAACAUGUACAUAAAAAUGUGUUUUGUAAAUAAGCCAAUGAAAAGUAUGUGUUUGAAUAUGAACUGUACAAAAUACUGUACUUGUAGUUGUAUAUGGAGUGAUACUGUUGAUCUGUAACAAAAUAUCCAACAAACAAAUUAAAUUCUGCAGAGCAAAAAAUGA